GUUUUCCUGAACUUUAAAGUUACAAACUCGCUAACUUCCUAUGUAUAUUAAUGGUGUAUUGAUGCGUAUUCGAGAAAUAUACAACUUUCAGUACUCAUUUCAUGCCAGUAUUUGUGUAUAAGUGGUUUCACAUGAAACAGCUACUGAAUUACCCAAUUCAGGUAUAUGGAAUGAAUAAUCCUGCUUCUUCAUGAGUGUAAAUUCCAAUACUAUGGUGGAGAAGAUUUAUGAACAUAAUAAUUGGGUGAAAGUUCAUUUUGUUGACAAUUGGCCAAUCUAAUGGUAAAUAAAAAUGAAUUCCGAGCAGCCCCUGAAGAAGAAGUUGAGGAGAGAAGGUGAAAUUGAUAACCAAGAUGAAACUGACUUUAUCCAUAACUUAGCUGAAAAUAAUGUACCCACAAAUUUUCAAGCAUUACAUUUGUCCCUCCCUGCUGACAUAAAUGAAGAUGAUAUAACAAAAAACCAGGUGAAUUCACAACUGCAAAAAUAUGGGUUCAAGGCAAGUGGAAGUGACAUUGACAAAAGUGAAGAAAUUAUUACAGAAUUUGGUAAUUUCAAUUCAUAUUGCAACAGCUUAGGUACUAGUCAUUCUAGUAGUAGUAUUAGUAAAUAUAUUACAAUUGAUCCUGCCCUGGACACAAAGGCUCGCCCAUCUAGUCCAUCUGAAAAAGUAGAUAAACCAAUUUUGCAUUCAGGCUCAUCUGGUUCUAAUGUAGUUAUUGCUUCAUCUCUCAUUGAUUCAAAAAAUAUCUAUACAACUACUCAUGAAAGAUGUUCCUUUGAUCAACAAAUGGUUGAAUUUGUUUCUAAAGAUCAGUUUGGCCUUGAUGAUUUUCAAAAUCAGCUUAUUAAACAGUGCCUUUGUGCUGUUUCUGAGGAAACUUUGAGGAAACCAUUCAUUGAACCAUCAAAUGACAAUGAGGGAAGAUCCGUUAUGGUAUCUGAAUGGUCAAACAGAAAAAUUUUGGAAUUCCUUUCAAACUUGCACUUGUUAUUUGAUGUUUAUUUAAAACAAAAUAAUAAGGGGUUUAUAUGUUCAAGGAUUGUUGAUGUUUGUGAAAGUAUCAUUUGCAAUGAAUAUAAUCUCAUAGAGCAGAUAAUUUCACUUUGUGAAACCAGGAACAAAUUUGUGACUUAUCUGGCAGCCCGUGUUUUCAGUAGUUUUCUGAUCAUUGCCAAAACCAACAUAAAUAAUGAAUGGCUAGAAACUCUGGUGAAUUUCUUCACAACUGAAAACAUAGAUUACAUCAAAAUGCAGUUUGCUAUUGAGAUUUUCAAACGGGUAGUGGAAUGGAAAGAUGUAGAAAUUCAUGUAUUAGAAGAUAGGGAAAGCCAAGAUUCACCUAGUAGUAGCUUUCAACAAAGGGAUGGCAACUAUAACUGUAUCACUGUACCUUUCUCUGACCCAGAAAGCUAUGACACUUCUGCUAUAAAAGACUUGGUAAUCAAAAGCUUGGAAUCCAAAUGGCCAGAGCUGAUUUAUAAAGUGCAAAACUUGAUACUCCAUAACUCCUCACUUCCUGCUCAGACUUGCACACUCACAUUCCUAUCACUUUGGGAAAGCAUCAUUUCUGUCAAGGCAAAUUUGAGUGUUAUUGAAAUUAAACCAUUCUAUGCUCACUUGGAGAUAUUUGUUGGAAUGUUGAAUACUGAUUUGGCACCUAUAAUUUGGAAACAGCUAUUGUCCCUUUUCAAUGAAGUACUUUGUUAUGGCAGUACUUUAGCUCUGCAAGAUAUGUUGCCUGAUGAGACAUGCCAACUAGCUCACUUGAUUGUUAGAUAUGUGAAAGAUUAUCGACUUUUAGAUAGCCUACCUGUGAGAAGAUCUGAGGAGGUCACAGUGAAUAGUUUUGCAGGUCCAGUUAUGAAUGUUAAUUCAUCCUCAGUAUCACAAAUGAUCAUAGAUAAGACAUUGUUGCAAAAAAUGGUAUUGCUAGUGCUCAAAUCUGUUGCUAUAACAAUUAAGGAAACCAGGUCUGACAGUUCAGAUUCAAGUGUUGGUUCUGAUGAUUCUGAUUUUUAUCAUGACAUGCAACUUAUUGAACGCUCUAUUAGGGAUGUUUUGAGGAAAGUUGAUGCCUUCCUAAAGAACAGUUUGGAUUUUCAUCCUGAAACUCCCUUCUCAAGGAUCUUGAUACAAAUUUUUAGUGAUCAAGAUGAUUAUAUGAUUGAAGCUAUGGUAUGCACACUUGAUUUGACCACUGGAAUCUCUUACAGGAAUGCUCUGUUUCCUGAUUUAAUCAAUAUGUUGAAUCCAUUUCACUCGUUUAUUGAAUUCUUGAAUAUAGUUAGCCAUGAUCCAGAUCUUUUGUUAGAUUAUUUAGUCAGUAAUGAGACUUGCUUUCUCUUGUAUCUUUUGAGGUUUCUGAAAUAUACAAAACGUAACUGGUCUAGAUUCAUUAGUAGUUGUGGGGAAGGUGAUACUUCAAGAAGCAAUGAGCUAGAUGAUGCUAUGUCAGUGUUGAUCCGCUUGAAAAUGCAGAUCAACCGUUUAGUUGACAAGGAUUUGUUUCCAUAUAACAUCACUCCAAUUAUGAGACUAUUGGAAUUGUGCGAGCGUCUUUAUGAAGGGAAUGAAUUGAGUUAAUAAAUACAUUGCAUUUUUUCACAAAUUGUCUGCCUACUGACAUUUUAACAAGUACAAAAUUUUCAUUACACCCCUAUAAUAGUAUAACCAUUUUGUUCAUAAUAAUUUAUGAAUGUUGCAGGUAACAAAACAUAAGUCUGUAUAAUUAUUGUCAUAAGUUAAGUAAUUUAUUUACCAUAUUUAUUAUUAUUAUAUCACUAAUAUUAUUUAUUAUCAUAACAUGGAAUAAUAUUUUUAUAUAUAUAUAUCUUGAAUAUGUGAACCAAUCACAUAUUCUGAAAAAUAAAUGACUGUUCUGUAUAAUAUCUAUCAUGAGAGUAUUAUAUUUUUUAAGAGAUGACAUG